UUCUAAGCAGCUCAACUGUGCAGUGAUUCAGGCCACCUUCUGAAGAUACAGCCUCUUUAUGAGUGACAAAGUUCUUAUAUUAUCUGGAUUUCCUGCAAAGUGAAAGUAGAUCUAAACAUUUUUGGCAAGAGUAUUGCAUAGAUGAUGUCCUUAUUACACAUUAUGUUACUACAAAAGAAGAAACAUCAGACACUACUUACUUAGAAGAUGAUACCUAUGAGCACAUUAGGACGGCCGGUGAUUCAGUUGGAUGCAGGUGAUCCAAAGACAUUUGAUCUGAAUUUCAAAGGGCCUGUUGCCAAAAGGAGUUGUACAGAUGUUCUGUGCUGCAUAAUCUUCAUACUGUGCAUUAUUGGCUACAUUCUUUUAGGACUUUUGGCCUGGGUACAUGGCGACCCCAGGAGAGUGGCCUACCCUACAGACAGCAAGGGCCACUUUUGUGGCCAGAAGGGCACCCCCAAUGAGAACAAGACCAUAUUGUUUUACUUUAACUUAUUAAGCUGUACCAGUCCCUCCGUGGUGAUAAACCUACAGUGCCCUACCACACAGAUCUGUGUCUCCAAGUGCCCAGAAAAAUUUUUAACCUACAUGGAAAUACAAUUUACGUACAGAACAAACAAAAACUAUUGGACGUACUACAGCCAGUUCUGCAAGUCCACUUUUGUUAAGCCUGCAAAGACUCUCACACAAGUUUUACUGGAUGAUGAUUGUCCAAUAGCGAUUUUUCCAAGUAAACCAUUUCUCCAGAGAUGUUUCCCUGACUUCUCUACUAAAAAUGGCACUCUCACAGUAGGAAAUAAGACGACAUUUGAAGAUGGAAGUGGAAAGACAAGAAAUGCUAUAGAACUCAGGGCAGCUGCAAACCGUGUCAAUAAAAUACUUGAUGCAAGGACAAUUGGAAUGAAAAUAUUUGAAGACUAUGCAACAACUUGGUAUUGGAUUCUCCUUGGCCUGAUUAUCGCCAUGUUCCUUAGUUGGAUGUUUGUGAUACUCCUGAGAUACAUAGCUGGAUUACUCUUCUGGGUCUUCAUGGUGGGUGUGAUUGGAAUUAUAGGUUAUGGAAUAGGCCACUGUUACCAGGAAUACUGCAAUCUUCAGGGACAGCCAAAUUCUCAUCUAACUGUGUAUGACAUCGGGAUUCAGACUGAUAUAAGCAUGUACUUUCAACUGAAACAAACAUGGUUCACAUUUAUGGUAAUACUCUGCCUUCUUGAAGUGUUUAUCAUCCUCAUGCUGAUCUUCCUCAGGGAACGAAUCCGCAUCUCCAUUGCCCUGCUGAAGGAAGGGAGCAAAGCCAUUGGAUAUAUCCCUACUACAUUAGUUUAUCCACUUUUAACUUUCAUUUUCCUCUCCAUCUGUAUUUCCUACUGGGCGGUGAUAGCAGUUUACUUGGCUACAUCAGGGGUACCUGUAUACAAAGUCAUAACCCCAGAAGGGCAAUGUAAACAUGAAAAUACAACCUGUGACCCAGAGAUUUUUAAUACAACUGAAAUUGCCAAAGCUUGCCCUGGGGCUCAGUGUAACUUUGCUUUCUAUGGUGGAAAGAGCCUGUACCAUCAGUACAUCCCUACCUUCCAGAUAUUCAAUCUAUUUGUCUUUCUCUGGCUUAUAAACUUCGUCAUUGCACUGGGUCAGUGUGCCCUUGCUGGUGCCUUUGCUUCUUAUUACUGGGCCUUGAAAAAACCUGAUGAUAUCCCACCAUAUCCACUUUUUACUGCAUUUGGACGAGCCAUACGAUAUCACACAGGAUCCCUAGCAUUUGGAUCUUUAAUUCUUGCAUCAAUUCAAAUAUUUAGAAUAGUCUUAGAAUACUUAGACCGCCAUCUUAAAGAGGCCCAGAACAAUAUUUCUAAAUUUCUACAAUGCUGCCUGAAAUGCUGUUUCUGGUGUUUGGAAACAGUGGUAAAGUUUUUGAACAGAAAUGCCUAUAUUAUGAUUGCAAUAUAUGGCAAAAACUUCUGCAAGUCAGCAAGAGAGGCUUUCAAUCUGCUGAUGAGAAAUGUUUUAAAAGUUGCAGUUAUGGAUAACGUUACAGACUUUGUACUAAUCCUGGGGAAAAUUCUAGUUACUGGAUGUAUAGGUGUGCUGGCCUUCUUACUCUUCACACAAAGAUUGCCAACGAUUAUAGAAGGACCAACAUCUUUAAAUUACUACUGGGUACCUUUGCUGACAGUCAUUAUUGGAUCUUACCUAGUUGCACAUGGGUUCUUCAGCGUCUAUGCAAUGUGUGUUGAUACAAUUUUCAUCUGCUUCUUGGAAGAUAUGGAAAGAAACGAUGGUUCUACUGAAAGGCCCUAUUACAUGAGUCAGUCUCUCCUGAAGAUUCUGAACGAGUCAAGUAUGCAAACUAAGAAGCCUUAGAAGUGCAAACUGUGGUCAUCGUGCAGCGGUGUGUUACCAAAUCUUCAUCUGCUGUGUCUGCACAACGCUAGCUUCAUAAGUGCUUUGUGUUGGGAACACUGUAUUCAUGACCUUGUUGGCUUUUAUUUGCAUGUUUAAUACCAAAGCUUAUACUGUAAUAUGUGAAGCCAUCUGAAGUCGCAAGGGAAUUGUUAAUAACAUGGUACAUUUUUAUACUAA